AUGGCUAUUUUGGGGAAUUCAAGUGAAGCUACAAUAAAGAAACAGUGGCAGAUUAAGGCAGCAAUUGUGUAUAGAAAUUUCAUUGCUAAAAUCAAAGAGAAAGGAAUUAGGCAAGGUUUUAUACAUGAAGAUGUCUGGGAAAGCUGGCAGCGACUUUGGGCAGAUCCUAAGUGUGUUGAAAAGUCAAAAAUAAAUGCGCAGAAUCAUCGUGGAGGCAAAGAAGUCGCCGCUGGAACUCACACGGGAGGUUCUAUCUCAACUGGAGAGUACCGAAAGAGACUUGAAAGAUUUGAAGAAAUAUUACGAGAAAAAACAUUAGCAGAAUCUGUUAUUGAUCAAAUUGAAGCAUAUUACCAAGCUGCUGGAGGACAAAAGAAGUAA